UGUACGCCAGCCGGCGUCUUUCUAAUAGAAAAGAAGCCAAACUCACACGACCAAUAUGGCUGAGAGUAUGCUCUUUAGUCCUGUCCAGCGAAGCGGAGUUGACCUUCGUCUCAUGUAGCCACCCUCCCCGUCCCCGUCGAGGGCGCGUUGAACGAGACCCCCGAGUCUUCUUCUCCCUCUACCUUGCUGGGUAACACUAGGAACGAUGAUUCCAUGACGCGCCGUCUGCGGGCGGGCGGUGUUCUGGGCAUUAAUGAAAUCGUCUACCUCCACCGUGUUAACUCUCCUCUCACCGUUGCUUCCUCGUCCACCGCUCCUGCCACCACUACAGUGUUCAGCUCCCACAAGGAGUCAAGCGGCACCAAACCUACAUCAGCUGGCACAAGCUACCUUGUGAACGGGAAAGACCAACCAGUAAAGGAGUAUGCAUCGUCUCUCUCCGCUUCUCAUGGCUCUGGAUCCGACACUGAGCUUGAGGCAAUUCAAGACAAUUUCCUCUUCGGCGUUGGCGGCCAGUUCGUGGAUGGACCCAGAGCCGCUCGCACGCUCAAAGGCCCGGCAAGAACAGUUAAGCGUCCACGAGCGAUCCGGCGACCUCGAGCAAAGAAGCCCGUGGUCAUGAUUCACCAAAAUGGCGGCGCGAGUGCCUCUGAAGAUGAGCACCCCGCCGUCAAUCAAGUGACCCGCCGCGAUGGAAGACAUGAGGCGAAAUAUCUCCGCCAACGCCGUUCCAUCCCGGACGACCAAUUGAAUCUCGUCGAAGAAGGUCGCGUUUCUGAGAGCCCAGCAUUGUCCUUGACGUUGCCACCCAAACCCCUCUCCCGUGCACGGUUCAAUACCAUCGUCGGCCUCGUCAUCGCAACUGUUCUGACCUUUGUGCUCUCGGCCUUUGCUGCCCAUUACACCGGCAAAGGUCGCAUGCGCUGCACGAAAGGGAUUAUUUUCUCCGCGACCGCCAUCAUCUCUUGUUUCACGGUUCUCGCUAUGGUUACGGCGAGGCGGGCACUUCAGGAGGCAUUGCUCGCAGGCCUAUUGGAGUCUUUCUUUGGCAUCGCACUUGUCGUGGAAAUUCACGACUUCAUGUGACGACGUUCCACUCCGCUAAUGGCUUUCUAUUCCUGGCUUUGUGAUUGAUGAUGGUGUUGCUGUUCACCAUCUCGGUUAAUGGUAUCCUUGAGCGGUUGGAUUUUACG